AGAGAGAGAGAGAGAGGCAUGCCUGACAAGGUCCAAUCUGAGCCAGGAAGAUGAUUGGUGACGGUAAGGUGACAGGCCUGAAAACCAAAGCCAAGAGGGUCAUCGUAUCAUCAACCUGUUGGUAUCGAUCGGUCGUUUUUCCCGACCGCGAGGAUCGGGACCACGUCGUUACCUGCUGAUACACAUGUACAUGUUCACACGUGCGCGUGUCGUUUGACACAGAUCUUUUCAACUUGGAUCUUCAUGACUCACAUCUUUCCUAAAUGACGUUUUAUGCGUAAUUGAGCUACCCUAAUGACAAUGUUAAAGAGAAUCUCACAAAUGGCUUCCCGUCGUAAGGAUGUCCCCGUCGUUAUCUUAAUAUGAUAAUUAUAACACCUGAGCGUGUUCCACAAGGUAGAGACUUUUUGAUACAAUCUAUAUAUAGGUUUGAGUCACCCGCACCAAAAGGUGUCAGGCACUAUUUAGCUUAGACCCCGCAGUACCUGGCAGUUUGUCAAAAUCGGUUCUAACUGUCCCUCUAAUUGCUAGCCACUCCCCUCAAAGGGGCAUCGACGAAUGACCUAUGUGGUCACAAAAUUAACCAGGAAGACGACAGUUAAAAGGCAACAGACGAUCCCAAAGAAAUUCAUUUGAGAUUCGAAAGAACAAGUCAGCGGUAUUGACACAGAACUUCUGCAACCGGCUAUUUCAUAAAGACAACUCAGAGUGCAGUAAAGGUUCGAAUAUUUAAAGAACCAGCACAUAAUGGCAGUAAUAUUUCAUCUACUCAACAGCGUUGAUCACAGCAGUGUACUGCUCCUUGUGUCCUGCCUAUUACUGGCGGGUAUACAACUUUUGCAGCGUUACAGUUUUUCAAGCUGGAAACAGUUUUUCUUUACUAGACGGAAAAACCAACUUCCACCGUUCAUCUCGGCAUCACUUCCAUUCUUUGGCCACGCAUUCGCGUAUGGUAAAAAUCCUAAAGAAUUCCUGCUCAACGCAUACAGAAAGUAUGGCCCAGCGUUUAGGUUCACGAUGAUGGGCAAAACAUUCACGUUUUUGGUUGGUCCAGAAGCGUCAAGGGAAUUUUAUUACAGCCCGAACGACCAGCUAAACGGAGAAGAAAUGAACUCGAAAAUUACGACUCCCAUUCUCGGCAAAGACACAGCAUAUGAUGUUCCUCAUUCGGUAAUGUUGGAACAGUUUCGUCUAAUUAGAAAGUCAGGCCUCACCCGGAACAGAAUGGAAGAGUAUGCCUCUGUCAUUGAGGACGAAGUUACCCAAUAUCUGGAGGAGAAGUGGGGAGAGACAGGAAGUAUUGACAUUCUUCACACAUUCCGUGAACUGUGCGUUCGUUGCGGGCCGAAAUGCCUCCUGGGAACGGAUGUGACGAAAGCGGUUAACCUCGACCUCUAUCAUGACCUCAUCUCAGGGUUUCAUCCCCUUGUUAUGACCAUUCCCAGUUUUAUGCAAUCAGCUGUCUUUUAUAAACGCGACAGGGCCAACGCUAAGAUUCGAAAGAUAUUCCAAGAAAUCAUCAACAAAAGACGCGAAGAACCGACAAGAGAAGAUGACACCUUACAGCGUCUAAUGGAAUCUAAGAACAAACACGGGCAGCCACUAACUGACACAGAAUUAAUCGGAAUAAUGACUGCAUUGAUGACACUGGGAACAGAAGAACCUUCAAUUACAAGCACAUGGUUUGGGCUUUUUUUGGCUAAACACCAGGAUGUACAGGAACAAAUAUACCAAGAGCAGAUGGAAGAUGCUAGUGGAUUAGAUUAUAAAGUCCUAGAAAAAUACCCCGCCUUGGAGAGGGGCCUGAAAGAGACUUUAAGGUUGCGACCACCGGCAUUCACCUUCAUCCGGAAAUGCCGUAAAGAUAAGGACGUUUUAGAUUACACUUUGACUCCCGGCACCAUGACGUGCAUUUCCAUCAUCGUCAACCAGACUUUGCCUGAAAUUUGGGGAGAGGAUGCGGAGGACUUUAAGCCUGACAGAUUCAUUGACUUUGGAAACAACCCCAGACAACAAGCCUCAUACACACCAUUCGGCGCAGGGACACACAAAUGCCUUGGUCCUAACUUCGCCAUGUUGGAAAUGAAGACAAUCUGGGCGACCAUCUUAAGAAAAUACAAACUUGAACUUCCUUCUGAGCGUUUUCCAGUGGAGGAUCGUACGACGCUAUUUCUCAUCCCAGACGAUAAGAAAGUCAUAUAUAAGAAGAGAUGAUUGGUUGAGGCUUCCGCUUGCCAGAGAAAUGUACCAAUCAUAGCAACUUUUACAUCUGCUCUGCGGGGUCCGAACUUUCACAUUGCGUGAUAUGGUUUCGUUGAUCAGUUGAUCGAACAAGUGGAACCACUUGAAGCCCCACACAAGGAAGUUAUGAGAAAGAUUUAAAUUAUUUUUGUAUGUCUCUUUUUUGUAUACACAUAUUUAUUAAGUUAUUUAUUUUAGAUUGGCGUAACGUGACCGUCCAGAUAUUAAUUUAGCUAGAUCACUUAGAUUAGUAAGUCUUAGACGAUGGUUAUUUUAAAUCUCUUCCCAGGGACCCUCAUCAAUCUUUUUCACUUAUCUUCUCUCCCUUCUUUAUUUUCCUUGCUUGAGCAAAUUUUAUCUCACGCCUAUCAUUGAAUUUAUGAGAUCUUUUUUUAUAUCUUUACUGUCGGUUUCUCCAAUGUGGAUUAUAAAGGUCUCGAUGGCUGUAGGAUUAGACAUUGAAACUGUCGUAGAGACUUGAUAGCCAGAGUGAUACAGUACAUUUCAUAGAUUAGACAUUAGUCACACUUUUGACGGGAUCGAGAGGAUGUUUUGGUAUCAGAUUCCCAAAAUGAGUUAAAGACGUAGUAAAUGCGUCACUCCCUCAAUGAAGCGCGUUUUCGCGGCAAGAUGUCUUUCCUGUAUAGUUGUACUAGCUUGCCAUGUGGAGAUAAUCAUGUCGUAUUCACCUGCACCCAGCUCUUACUGCACGGGAAUAAAACAGGUGGUGGGGUUUAAGCACUGAGUCAGCUAAGCCUUGUCAUUGUUUACACACGUUGUAGACCACUGAUUACCCUGAAUUUGAUGGUAUCGAAAUGUUGGAAGUGUUGGUUCUUAUUUCAUGCACGCUGAAGCAUGUUACAUUCAGAUUUUAAGGGUGUUUGUAGGUUAGGGGAUAACAGAUCAGAAGGCUGUGGAUAUGGGGGUUGGGUUACUAGUUUGAACUUUACAUAUUAAUCUGUGUUCUUUCAAACGAUUCGGUGCCUGAUUAGACUGAUUAAUUUUACUACAACAGAAAUAUUACUGUGUGUGGUAAUUUUGUGGCACCGUCACAUUUGUGAUAGUAUUUUAAUUUGAAGUCGUAGUACUGCAUAUUGUGUUUAUGGUAAUAUGGGCAUUAAGCACUAUUUGUCUAGCCGAGGUUCAAGACUUAGUUAAAGUGUUAUUAGAGUAAUAAUCCCCAACCUCCCGCCCUCUUUCAGUGGGAUGACGUAAUCAUGUACGUCAUGACGAAUUGCUCAUAGUCAGGCGGAAAAUGCAUUUAAUCGUUGGCUCUCCAAUAUUUAUUUUCCCGUUUUAUCAUUAAGCGAUAAUUGAUCGCAGGAAGGGCAUAGUAGGAGUAUUGUUUAUCCACCUGGUUCUCAUUCUGAGUCAGAUUUUUACGCGCGUUACUCCUUGCCCGGCCCUGGAGUAAGAUUGUGUCCCGUCUCAUCCCGUGUCUCUGCUACCGCAUUUGGCGAGAUUUAUCUCGCUUUUUCUAUAUGUACUGGCCCCAGUUGCAUAAUAAUGAAACCUAUGUAAUAUGAAGUCGUUGUGGGUAUUCAACGGAAUCUUAUUACAUGUGAGAUUAUAUUUUCAAUGUUUAUGAAUGGUAAAUAUCCUUAUCACAGAGGAGUUGUUUGUAAAGAUGGUGUAAUGACCAGAGACAGUUCAUCAGAGUAAUUGUUAUUGUAUAUAUAACGUUAUCACGUUGGUGUAUUUAUUGAAGCACCAUGUAGAAUCUCAAAGCAUACGUCUAAAUAUUUAUUAUAUGUAAAACUACUAAUGUAAUGUUUAUUUAUUAUUAUUACUAUUUAUUGAUGACAGAUGCUUGGCAAAAGAAUAAAUGAAAUG